AUGAACACUUUUGUAGACAAAUAUUCGACGACCAGCGCCGUGAGCCAGCUACGAAGGGCUCAACGUCUUGCAGAUGAAGAAGACGAAUUCCCCGAUUCCACUUGGGGCUCUGGUGCAGGCUUUGGAAACAUUAUGAAGGGAGCGCCCACAUUCACAAUCCCCAAUAUUCCAGACCCCACAGCUUUCUUACGUCUCCACACCGAUGACCACGCCGAUCCUAGUUGCAGAAUCAAGAUUCAGCACGGAACUACAACGCUUGCUUUCCGAUUCCAGGGAGGUGUGAUCGUUGCCGUCGAUUCUCGAGCUACAGCAGGAAGCUACAUUGCAUCCGGUACAGUGAAAAAGGUCAUUGAGAUCAACCCUUAUCUGCUUGGAACCAUGGCCGGUGGUGCUGCCGAUUGUCAAUAUUGGGAAACAUACCUCGGAAUGCAUUGCCGAUUGCACGAACUUCGAAACCGUGAACGCAUCUCUGUGUCUGCAGCCAGCAAAUACCUGAGCAAUCUCGUAUACAGCUACAAGGGAAUGGGUCUGAGCAUGGGAACUAUGAUCUGCGGUUGGGACAAAACUGGUCCUGCAGUAUUCUAUGUAGACUCGGAUGGAACCCGGCUUAAGGGUGAUCUAUUCUCUGUCGGAUCCGGUAGCACAUUCGCCUAUGGUGUCCUGGAUCAAGGUUACCGCUGGGAUCUGACUGACGAAGAAGCACAAGAACUCGGACGACGAAGUAUCUAUGCUGCUGGUCACCGUGAUGCUUUCUCAGGAAAUACAUGUAACCUCUACCACGUCAAAGAAGAUGGAUGGAAAUUCAUUGGCAAGUUUUCUAUUUCGUCCCAAGUUCUUGGUUUCUCAUUUCUUUUGGUCGUUGUAGGAAACUACGACGUGUCAACGAUGCACUACGAUGGCCCCGGGGACGUUCCCGGAGCGCCAGGUGGCGGCUACGGUUACGACCAGCGGGUGGCAGGCCGCAGCUCUGCGAACCCACCACAAGAAGCUCCUGCGGCUGCAUGA